ACAACAUAAACUUGAAAUCAAUUUUCACUCUGAUUAUACACAAAAAAACAAUUCGUUUCUGUUUGAGAGCUUUUUUUUAAAAGAGGACAUAUAAUGAACGGAGUAUCAUGGGCUGAUCAAUGGGAUAAUGAUUCUGCCAAAGGAGGCCGCGUAGGUGGCGGGGCGGUCGCAAGAAGCAGUGGAAGUGGACCUGCGUCUAAUAAUAAGUACAAGGAGAAAUUGGGACAAGGGCUAGACAAGACGAAAGGUGUAGCUUCUUCUGGUUUUAAGAAGCUAAAGACAGGUUCUGCCAUUGGUUUCCGUUGGGUCAAGGACAAGUACCACAAAACCACAAACAAACAUUAAACAUCUAUUCUAUAUUCACUUGAACAAGAAUAUUGUAUGUUUGAUGUAUAUUUUUAGCUUAUUUGAUUUUAGUAAUGUUUUAUGCACGGUGGUCGAUUGUAUAAUACAAUUUGUAUUUAGUUGUGAUUUGUGAAGACUCGUAUAAGUAUAUUCACGUCCUUUAAUUAAAUUGAUUUCUUAUAA